GGGAGGACCACGCACACGGGGAUCCUGCUUCGCUGCACAUUCGCACCUCCGCUUGAACUUGGCUCAACACACCUCCUUCAGACGCUCGGAGAGAUCCUCCGACUCGGAGAGACACGCGUGUCGCUAUAUAAAUCCAUCCUUAUAAACGCAGACUGGCACACACACACCCCACGAGCUCGGGGAGGAACACGCACACACACACGCGCGCGCGGUCUUGCAAAAAGCAAACGCUCCCUCACUCUCUCCCUGUCCUCUGUCAGUCUCUCUCUCUCUCUCUCUCUCUCUCUCUGCAAAGCGCACACACACACACACACACACACACACACACCCCUGUCUCGGCAAAGCAAGUCCCAGGGAACCAGAGGAGAGUGCAGAGAUGAAUGUGAGGAUCUUGACGCUGGCUGUCGUCUUGCUGGUGUCUCUGCUGGUGAUCGCCGCUGCCGGCCCCAUGGCGACUACGGAUCGGGCCAAGGAGCUAGAGAAGGAGGGCGCAGUGAGGAAAGCAGGGCAGCAAAGCCCGAGCAGGAGCAGUCCGAGCCACAAAGCUGGUGUCUGGAAGAGGAGGCGCGCUCGACCUCGCCUCUCGCACAAAGGACCCAUGCCCUUCUAGAGCCGGUAAGCCUGAUCUGCCUCCUCUGUGACGCCAAGACAAACCGCUGACUCUCUCUAUGGGGAGCUCCGUUUGAUUCAGUUUAAUUCUAUAUAGCGUCUUUCACAACAGAGUUGCCGCAAGGUGCUUUACACGGGUGUGAGUUGUGUGAUACAUUAAAACGUCAUUAAGCAGAAUGGUGCAGAAACAGGGAAAAGGAAAGACAAA